ACGCACAAUGAUAUGGAGAGCCAGGGUCGUUAGCGGCAGAAACCUGGCCGCCCGCCCUCCAAGGCGGGCAAAACUUUUGGCUCCGAGAUAACAGACGCAGAGAGCUACGCCUCACCCAAGAGUGCGUGUGUCAAGGCACGACUCUCUUACUCCGCCCACAGGGUCUGGGCACUCGUCACCAUCCACCACUGCCUGUCAGCCGGCAACAGCUGAGCGCGCAGCCUUCCAUCCCUACAGUUCACGCCUCCCGCCAGCAGCCCUCUUCCAGGAGACCGGAAGCCCUCCUACCCCGGCUCCCUAGUCCGCCGGCUUGUGCCCGCGGAAACCGGAAGCUCCUUUGCCCCGACCGCCGGUGCUCCGCGCCGAGGCCGCACAGGCGCAGUGGACCUCGGGCGGAGUUGUGGGCGGGGAGGAGGAAGAGGCAGAGGGGGGACGGGGGCCGGUCUCAGAAGAUGGCGGAGGCGGGGGAUUUCUGGUAGUCCCCCUUUAGGACAAGAUGUAGUACUGUUGAAACAUUGGUCUGCUUUGAUUCACAGACAGUUGAUCUUUGCAGCUGGGAAGCCUUUCCUUUUUUAUUUUUUCAGCUUACUGAACUUAUGAAACCAUGGCAGAAGGAGAGACGGAGUCACCUGGGCCCAAAAAGUGUGGCCCGUAUAUCUCAUCUGUCACUAGCCAGAGUAUGAACUUGGUGAUUCGAGGAGUAGUGUUGUUUUUUAUUGGAGUAUUUCUUGCUUUAGUGUUAAAUUUGCUCCAGAUUCAGAGAAAUGUGACGCUGUUUCCACCUGAUGUGAUUGCAAGCAUCUUUUCUUCGGCAUGGUGGGUACCACCGUGCUGUGGCACAGCUUCAGCUGUGAUUGGGUUAUUAUACCCCUGCAUUGACAGGCAUCUAGGAGAACCACAUAAAUUUAAAAGAGAGUGGUCCAGUGUAAUGCGGUGCGUAGCUGUCUUUGUUGGUAUAAAUCAUGCCAGUGCUAAAGUGGAUUUUGACAACAACAUACAGUUGUCUCUCACACUGGCUGCACUCUCCAUUGGACUCUGGUGGACUUUUGAUAGAUCUAGAAGUGGUUUUGGCCUUGGAGUCGGAAUUGCUUUCUUGGCAACUGUGGUCACUCAACUGCUAGUCUAUAACGGUGUUUAUCAGUAUACAUCUCCAGAUUUUCUCUAUGUUCGUUCCUGGCUACCAUGUAUAUUUUUUGCUGGAGGCAUAACAAUGGGAAACAUUGGUCGACAACUGGCAAUGUAUGAAUGUAAAGUUAUUGCAGAAAAAUCUCAUCAGGAUUGAAGAAGGCAAAAAUAUAUCUUUUGUACAGAAAAACAAGGAAAGGGCAUGUUAAUUAUAUCAACAAAACUUUGGACUGUAAAACUUUGGACUGUAAAAUUGCCAGGAUG